GGGAUUUGACGCAGUCGUUGCGCUCAUUUAACUUGCGGCAGCAACACCAUCUGAUCCACCGGCAAUAUAAUAACCAGCUAAACAAGCAGGAUAAUCACAAAAAAAACCUCUUUUAUUUCCACACCGGAAACAAUCAGACUCCGACAUAAUGGAGAAAUCAAACAGUCAGUAUGACUCCUUCCUCUUCUGGAGGCAGCCAAUCCCGGCCCUCGACCUGUCCGAGCUGGAGGACAUGGGUUUGACUGACGGCCAGCCCAUCAGCAGCAGCAAAGCAAAAGACAAGACACCCCAGCUCUGGAAUGAGGAUGAGAAGGGUGAGCUUUCUGAAUUCUCUUCCUUUAACUACUGGAGAGCUCCAAUUGCUGACGUGGAUGCUCUGCUGGCUGACCUCAACCUGCUGCUCUGAACCCAGCAAAACGUGACCCCAGACCUGCUCCACAUAUGCUGACCCCAACUGGUCGAACAUCACUUAACCUCUGACCCCAGAUCAGUCCAACACAACUGGACUGAUGAAUUUCACUUGACCUCUGACUCUGGAUCAGUGUUCUUUAACUUGUUUUUUUUUUUUCAGACAUAAAAAAAAGUAUUGUCCUUCAUCUAAAAUAAAGAGGUGGGAUGAAAUCAGAUUAGGGAUUGAACCGACCCUGAUGCAGUUCACCUGUUUUAUUGAUGCAUCCUUCAGUUUGUUCAGCUUCAUUUAUUUGCUGCUUUAAACCUGAUCUCGUUCUGAUCAGUGGAUAUUUGAAUCCUAUUCGUAUGACAGAAUACAAACAUUGCACUGCUUUACGAUCACGUUUAGCCAAGAAUGUAUGUGCCAAGCCAAAAUAAAAUUUAGAGGGUUAAUCGCAUCAUGGAAGACAAAAUUAUGACCUCACUAUCUGACUGAAUAUUAACUAAUCUUGGGAGUUUUUACAGGCAGGAAAAAAGGAAAAGUUUCCUAAAAACUGCUGCUUUCAUGUCUCUACAGGCAACUGUAUGUAUGUGUAAAGCAAAGCCUUAAAUGUUUUUUAUUUAAUGAUGAGUUUAAAUGUUAAAAGCACCAUCUUUUUUUCUACCUGUGCCUUUUUGUUCUUUUAUUUGGAGCUUCCUUAACAUGUUUCCUUUAUUUAUUUCUGCUGCUGUGCUAUAGUUAUUGGAACUUCAGCUUAUUUUGUCCUGUCAGAGUAGGCUGAACACCUGCCUGCAAACAAUAAAACAUUAUGUCCCUUUUUUCUUUUU